AUGUCCCCAACCAAAGUUGUUAUUGAGCAACUAGAUGAUGAACCUUCUCUUGAACUCAAUAGGAUUAGGCCUAAGAAGAAAGAAACUGGUUCUUGUCCAGAAGAAGCUCCUAUUAUGCAAGAUGUUAGAGUUGAUUUCAAUGGCCUUGAUGAAAGAGAUAUACUAGAUGAUUUUGAGCUUUUUACUGACAAUGGAUAUCAAAAUGUAGACCCACAAGCACGUGUUGAUGAUUGGGAUGUGGAUAUAAGGGAAUAUAUCAAUGAUGUGGAUGGGGUUGAGUGGUUUAGACAAGCACCACAAACACAAGCAAAUUUAAACCAACAUGGUGAUGUUUUGGAGGUGAUUAACAAGAAUGAAUUUGAAAGUGCAUGUUAUGUGGAAGAGGAUGUUAAAAAAAUUGAAGAAGGUGUCUUGCUCAUAUGGAGUAGUACAUGUUAA